AAAGACACUAAACAUAAUUAAGAUAGGAUAUUUGAAUUUGUGAUAAUGAAGUUGAUGGUGGGCGUGUUGUUGGCUACGAUAGCCGCCGGAAUGAUGACGUCGACGGUGAAGGUGUCGGAGGCGCAGACGAUAUGCAACAUGUCCGGGAAAGAUCUGAUGGCGUGUAAGCCGUCGGUGACGCCGCCGAAGCCGCCGCCGCCUUCCCCGAACUGCUGCUCGGCGUUGGGCCACGCCGACAUGCGCUGCCUCUGCUCCUUCAAGAACUCGAAGCUGCUGCCGUCGCUGGGGAUCGACCCCAACCUCGCCAUGCAGCUUCCUGAGAAGUGCAAACUCCCCCACCCUGCCCACUGCUAAUUAAGCUACCUGCUUACACAAUAUUAUCUACCAUUUCGAUCUACCUACUUCAAUUUUAUGUGUUCUACCACCAAUAAUCUAAGUCUAGCUCUUCCGUUUACGAAAAAAAUUCAUAAUUAUUAUCUGAAUGUAUGUAGU